AUGUUCGGCCUCGGGUACAUCUUCAAGAUCACGCUUCUGCUCGUGAACGCGGUCGCGAUUCUGAAUGAGGAGCGAUUCCUCGCCAGGAUUGGGUGGUCCACCGCUGGUAACCCGAACGCGAACGCCGGCUUUGGCAGCGUCGACAACCCCGACUCGUUCGGACAGGAGGGACAGAGCAUGAAGGCCAAGGCUGUGAACCUGAUCGCGGCGGUGCGGACGCUUCUGCGCACCCUCGGUGCCUCGGGGGAAGACGAUCACAUGCAUCGUAUCGCGACUGUGCACGAUUAA